AUGCGGAGGGGGAAAACAUCCGAUUGGCGCAAAGCGGCGAGAUCGAGCAGGUGAUCCGCACACGUCUCGAGGCGAGCAAAAGUAGAGGCACGCGCGGCCGCGAUUCUACUGGUGACGAAGUAGCGCCCCUGAAGGUGUUUCGCACGUUGUUUGGUUCGUUCGCCAGCAACGCCAAGAACUGGCGGAUGCAGCUCUUCGCAGCGUUGAAUGGCCCCUCCUUGAUUUUCCCUGCGCUUCGGCUCUGGGCGCAUUUGGCGCAAGGCCUGGAGACCGGGCGCUUCAACCCUUGCAAAGUUUCCGGUGAUGUGUUGAAGAAAAUGUUGGAUGCCCGGCUAAACGCUUUUCCGUACGGGAUUACGAAUCGCGGGAGCGACCACGGAUCCAGGCUUGGCGAUGGUCUACAGCACUCCGACGCGCGCAACGUCCUCACGGUUGACGCGUUGCAAGCAGGAAAAGCUGCGAUCACCUGCUUGAUCCACUUGGCCGUGGAAAAGAGGACAUUGUCAUCGACCACCGACUGGGAAAAAAAAUCAUGCGUCGAGUUAGUAAUGGCAGCAUCGACAACUCCUUCGAGCUCCUCUGGCAGCUCUGCGGCAGGACCUUCGCAGGCGCGCAGUUAUCACCGCAGGGCUGGGCAGCUGUCACAAUCGGGAUACGAUGUUGUCGGUGCAACCGCAGGCGGGGCAAGCAGUAAUUCUGCGGCAGCGGGUGCGGCAGUCAGGGUGUGGAGUCAUACCAUGCAGGAGCUCUUCGGGCUGGGUGGCAAAAUGGAGAAAGCGUUCCGUGAGGUGGUGAACUUACAAAACGAGCUUCUCGCCCACGCUCGGCAAGCAGGCUACAUAUCAGAAGAGACCUGGCGUGCGAAGCGACCCCGUGCACUGCAUUCUCUGCGCGAUGCAGAUGCAGGAGUCUUCGGGACGCGGGACAGCCACAGAUUCUGGGAGGAGCUCGUUGCGCACGCGAACUUGCACAGAAACAGAGCACCAGCGGAGCAACAGCAACAAGUGGGCGUAGAACCGCCGCAAACUACACGAUCGCAGGCGGAUAAGGAUGCGGAGUUAGUUGACCAGUUGGAGCAUACUUUUUACGCAUUGUACCUGGCUGAUCGGGAUUUGUUAAUCCUGCGAAACGAGGAGGCCGGGCCCUAUGGUUCGCACCCCACUCACCAAGGAGACGUGGCGGCGGCCGCUUCCGAUGCCGCCACGGCCCUGGUGGCAAAGGGCGAUGAGUACCCCGAGCUCCAGCAGCGCCUGCUCUUCGAUUUUUACGACGUGCCCACCCCUCUCAAGUUGGUUGCGGACUUCUUCCAAGCAACGAUGCCCCCGCAGCAUGUCGACCAAGGCACAGACCUCGACAACCUGACGCACGACGUAACUACGAUCUCAAGCUACUUGAAGCGCCACUUUCUGCACGAGCAUCAGCAACGCGUCGACGAGGUCCAACUUGCGCAACGGCGUGCGCUAAGUGCCAUAAGCGUGGAGGUCCAGAAGCGGCAACGAGAGCUGCUGCGCGAGUGGUUGGACGAGACCAGCGCCGAGCUGAACAUGCAAGAACCUCCAAGCACGAACGGAGGCGGUGCUGACGGCUCUCCUCCUACGCAGAGCCGCCCCAGCGGGUUUCUGUCGCCGCGCCGUGCCGCUGCUAUCACCUCCGCGUCACCGCCUGAAGCAGCCGUUACGCCGCGUCCAGUUCUUGUGCAGCCUACUUCUGCACUGGCAGGGUCUACUUCAGCGAGUAUGUUGCAAGACGCAACUUCCGGGCUGCCUUUCGCACAUUUGACGUCAGCUGCGGUUCUCAAUUGGAAGCAAUACGCGAACACGGCAUUGCUUGAAUAUUCGACGACGAACUGGAAACUGCAGCUGCGCUCCAAAAGAUUGCUCGAGUUCUUGAAGGAGAUCGCAAAGAAGGGCGGUCAGCGGGUGACUGCAAGCCAAGUGUUUACGCUGGCGCGGUGGUUUUUGAUAAAGAAAGAGCACAAAGCCAGACCCUUCUUUUCUAGCUUGAUUUGGAGUGUUUUGCACGAGGAGUGGAAGAAGGAAGACCCGAAGCUUCCAGACCAGGACGACGGUGCGCCGGAGGAUCGCGACGCCCAGGUGAAGGCAAAGCUUCGCCACUACUACCACCAGUACCCCAGCAACUUUUUUGAAAAAGAGUCAGGGCAGCAGUAUCUUGGCAAGGCCGCGGCAAUCUCUGGCGACGCACACGCACUGCGCCAGCUGCAAUAUUAUUCUGGAGCAACAGGACGCAGAGCGGUCGAGGGGCCUGGCGGUGCUGUUGUACGAGGUGAGCCCGACGUUGCCCAGCACCUUGCUACGAUUAUUUUGGAUGCGCUCAGUAGAGAAGAUGAAAGAGAAACUGCGCGGCGGCGGCGUUCAGGAGAGUCUUUCCCCGAUGAAGCAAGUCGUGCCAACAUGCCCUAUGCAGAGGCAGUUCUGUGCGAUUAUCCGGACUACAGACAAAUGAGAGCUGUGAGCACUGCGGGUUCGGACGACCCCGGGGAUGUCGAUAGGUCCAGUUGUGCUCCUGCUCAAAAGAAAAAGAUUGGUUUUGGUGUGCCUGCUUUCACGGCGGGGAACCGUGCGAUCUCGAGAACGCCAGCCGUAGAGAAAGAAAAAAUCACAGCCGAAGAGGCGGCACUUCUGCCGGUAUCGCAGUACGUCUUUCGUCGGUGCGAGUCUCUUGACGUCGAAGAGCGAACGUACAUUCGCGAUACGGCACGUCUCGUGUUGCGCUCUGGCCGCGCCCAGCAGAUUACUUUGGCGCUGCACGACCUAGCGUCGUAUUGGGUUGUGCAUGAGAGGCUUGUUGGCGACAUCGAGCCUGGUUACGUGCGGCCUGCCGAUCGUUUCUACGAGGUGAUAGAUCUUUUCGAACCGUAUUUCGCGCUCGACGGGGUCGGGGGGAACAAAAUUAUCGACCAUGCGGACGCACUCCUCUUCCAGACGACGGGCCGCUCGGCACGGGAGGCAACGGAGAGUGUGCGCGAGAGCUUUAGAGAGAUACCAACCGAGCUCUCGCUUUGUCUGCUGGAAGAGUUGAUCGCCAUGUUUGAGACCGCGCGAAAUGGGAAGACCGGCUGGGCCCAGCAAAUGGAGAGCAAUUACAAUCGUGCGCUCGAGCAGCAGCGCAAGGCGGACGAGCUACUGGCAGCGGAGGAAGCGAAGCUCGAACGCGAGGAAGCAGACGCUGCUGGCAGCGACGCAGCUUCCGCUUCUGGGCGCACUUAUCCCGCCGGACAACAAACCGACGAGGUCGAGGCGUCAGUGGAGUUCUCAGAUGCUGGAGAUAAUGACGACAUCGCGAUGCAGGAACUACAAGACCACCAUGGAAACGGUGUAGGCGCCGGCGCGCACCAGGUUGUGCAACUUCUACCCGUCAACGUGUAUCACAUCUCCUCUGGCGCGAGCUCGGUCGGUGGUGACAUCGUGGGCGCAAUCGACGGCCACCGCUUUCCGGACGCGGAGGAAUCCCACGAAGCUGGCCCUGCUGACGUCGAGGCACCGUCGGACGGCUUCGCGGAACUCCAGCUCGAUGAGGGUCUAGUGGCACGAGUGAAACAGGCGUUCGAUCAAGAGCUGGAGGAGCACCGGCGCCGGGAGCCGGAGGCCACGCAGACAGGAGAAGAGUUGCAGGGCGACCAAGGAGAAGCCCAACCACGCGAUGCUCCUCGAACGAAAACCAUGAAUAUCAUCGCCACGCUAACAGAAACAGAUACAGAACAGGACGAGAUGCAUGAGUACGAAUUUAAAGUGACGUAUGAACCGCUUGUGCUUCUCGAAGAAGAUACCUCCGUGCAAGAGCUUCCCGCCUCGGUGCAGUUAUUCCCGGAGGCUCGUUCGCUAUGGAGCAACGUCAUUGCGAAGGACCUUCCGGAUGACAGCCCUCUAGUAUUGACGGCCUUAUCGCAUGACGAGCAGUUUUCCGAGAUAUUUGGAGACGCUUUGAAAAGGUGGAAAGAGGCUUGGAAUGUUGCGGCAAGCAGCGACUUGUCCGCUGCUUUACCGCAGCCGUUGCGCGUCGUCUUAGAAGCUGUUCUCGAGAACAUCAUCGAUGCCGACGCGAUAGCAGACGGGGACGCAGCGAAUUUUUUUGCUGUGGCUGAUACACCGGCAAGCUGUGAUGCUGAGGCAGGCGUUGCUGCAAGUCCCGUCCAACGGGCGCACGAUGUCUAUGCACGAGCCGCCGCAAGCAAGAGCGCGUGGGCCACCAAGGUCCGUGGAGCGCACCCGUUAGCCUUGCGAACGGGCGGCGGGCACGUGGAUGAUACUGCUCUGGAAGUGACGAUGGAAGAACUGCGUCGUCUCGCUACAGAGGAGUUGUGGUGCGGCGUGCUAAAUAUCCAGGCAAACGAUUCUGCAAGCAUGACGGCGUUUCGCGCGAGGUACCAAAACGACUUCGUCAACGAGUUUGAAGAAAAAGUUUUAGAAGUGACGAUGUCAGCGGAUGUGAAGACACUCUGGGACGAGUUCGAGGAGCAUCUUCAGCCAAGGCUACAGGAGGAAUACUUCCGAGGUCAGGCGAACAUGAAGGAUCUGGCGUUUGCACUACAGCGCAACGCCGUUACGAAGAACCUACCAAAGCUGCGACAUCUAAAGUCGGCUUUUCUCGACGGAUUAUUGGCGCCAGAGGAUGAUGCGGGCCGCGGUGGUAGACCGCUAGCCCAACUGAAAACGAUGCUGAAGACAGCCUUCCAACGUUUUCAACCCUCGCGACUAUCUGGAGACUCACUGGGGCAAGACGGUGUCGCACCUUACUACUUGAGGUUGAAUAGUAAUAGCAAUAGAAUGCAUCAGGAUCAGCGUAUUGGCACUCUUUGCGAUGAUAAUGAAGUCUGGUGGGCAUUUGCUGUUCGGAUCGCAUGGGCACGGAAGCUCUGCAACUAUCCGAGCAAAUUUGCUUGGAGCCGGGUCAUCUUCCAAAGUAGAACAGAAGCUGAAGGAGCGAACGACCACACAGAAAGAAUUGACCUAGCCGCUGUAACAUUGGAACAGUACUAUCGGCGGAUGAAACUACCAUUAGCAAGUACAUCUGUGGCCCACCAUGAAGAUACACAGGCGGGCCACGACGAACAAGACCAGAAUCAGACGACGCCAGCAGAUGCUCGCUCAAGAAGUGAAGAUGAAAACCGACUGCGACUUCUGAGGACCCUUUUCAUACUCCCGAGAGAGUACUUGUCGACCCUUGGUAUCUUGUGAAAAAGUAUCGUGUAAUACUAUAUAUAUUUUUGUCGAAAAACGCAAUGGCACUGGAAAUACAGCUAUCAUAAGAAAAAGUGUUGACGUUACGGUUUGCAGUUUUUUGGAAAAAAGAUUUUUUGUGGGUACUGAGCACCAUCAUUUUAAUUUUUUUUUUUCUCGCCGCCGCGCAGCCUCCCUCUUUGCCCCUGCGGGGCUCUAAAGUGGUAAAACUCUGGGAGAGGAAGCUAGUGCACAAGGUGCGAAAACUAUGAGGCCCCGCCACAACAUUGCGCCCCUUCAAGCCCUGAAAUGGCUGCCCAAUCCCUGUCCGGGCUCAAGAGCCAUGAUGGCUGUAAGCCGGUGGGCCAGGGCCCCGGCACUGCUGACAAGACCCGCCCACCAACGCGUCGCAACGAUCGACGCCGGAGAUGGACCUGUUUUGGUGAGGGAAAAUGGGCCAUAGCAUGCUGUCUUUAUAUGAUGUUGACGGUUUUUUGGGGAAUUGGAAAAAUCCGAGGAAAAAAUCAAUGAUUUGACGCCAUUUCGAGGCCAAAAAAUGCAGAUCCCACAAAAACCGUCAACGCCUCAUCUAGACAGCGCGCUAUGGUCCAUUUCCCUUCACUCAAACCGGAGCGGGCACGGGAGCGCACCUUCUGAGCAGGCAAAUCGAGCAUAGCGUGCUGGCUAGAUGAGGCGUUGACGGUUUUUUGGUCGAUUUCAUGCAAAAAAGCAGGCUUCUGGAAGACCCGAUCGACCAUGCCGUCGUGUCUAGAUGAGGCGUUGACGGUUUUUGGGGUGCCGGCAAAUUUUGGGCAUUUUGGUACCCAAAAUUUGCCCAUUUCCCUCAUCCUCGAAAGUGCCACCUUUUCUUCAAUCAUGGAGAAAAUUUGACAAAAGGCGCCGAAAGGUCCGAGAUGGAAACUUGCAAAGCCGCACAGAGCUGAACUGGCGGAGACGCCGUCUAGAUGCCAGCUCAUAGGCCCACAUGUCCGAGGUUUAGCCACGGUUCGAGGUUUGAGCGUUCUGGCCCGGAUCUAAGAGCCGGCGGCGGGGAGAAGGCACGGCAGGGGGCGGCCCCGGUAGGCGAAGUCCUACGCCGUCAUAUUUUGUGCACUAGCUAGGUCAAACCAAGCGAGCUUCGUCGCAGUCCCGCGAGAACUAAUCGCGGGAAUGGGUCGACUUACAAACCAAAAACAUACCUCCAGCAUACACCCAAAUUUUUUUUUUUCCAAAAAACUUAAAGCCGUAACGUCAACACUUUUUCUUUCGAUAGCAGCGUCGUGAUAACUAAGUAUCGUCGCAAAGGUAUCUAUUUCAGUCUCAGUCAGGGUCAGCAUUAAAGAGAGAGAGAAAUUCUGAUUCCAAAACUAAUGCGAUAUUUUUGCAGUGCAUACGUCGCCAUGAAGGGAAAUUUGCUGGGCUGUCGGAAGCCACACUGACUGGCAUGGUGGACGUGGUGGACGACCCGAGUGCCCCGCCGUCACAUGAUCACAGCACAACUUCCGCGUCAUAUCACGCCAUCGCCUCGCAGCUUCGCAACGACCAGCAGAAUGAUGUCAUCAGUAAACUUCGCAACCUAAAAGAAAAUUUGACGACAUUACCAUUAGACGAACUUCGUAUCGUCUUGGUAUCCGUUCUUGGACAAGAAGCGGGCGGAAUAGCGAUGAGCACGAGCAGAGUUUUGGAAUAUACCUUUGUAACAGAUAUUAUUGAAGAAAAGAUCACUACUCGUACUCCACUGCCGCCUUCUGCAACUGCGGAUGUGGAAUCAGACAAUGAGAGCGACGCGGAGUCAGGGCAGUAUUCGAAUGGUUCAGGCCGACACAGCAACGACGAUGCUAAAGCUGAAGCUGAAGCUGAAGCCGACAGCGAUGCUUAUUCGGAUGGUUCAGGCCGACAUAGCAACGACGAUGCUCAAGCUGAGGCUGAAGCUGAGGCUGCCGACAGCGAUGCUUAUUCGGAUGGUUCAGGCCGACAUAGCAACGACGAUGAGCAGCAUUUUGAUGGUUCAGCCAGAUUAUAUGUUGACCACGGAGACCAGGGCAAUGAAUUCGCAGCGGGUCUUCAUCCGGAUGCAGAAGGAGGCGCCGAGCGCGACGCGACUUUGUCUUUGGAGGCUUUGGACACUAAUAUGCAGGCGCUGUCGAUCAGUGCUGAUACUCAGCCUAUGA